CUGCUGGGAGCCAACGGCGAGUCUGAGAGAACACGGCUCCCGGAGCUGCCAGAUUCAGUGAGUCCCCCGCAAGCAAAAUUGCUUUCGUUUUCGCUUUCGCUUCCUCGCGACGAGCCGCCGGCAUCCCCAUCAGCCUCUGGCAAACCACGCACCAGAAUGUCUCGGCCCAUGCUUCGCACCGCCGGGAUGGCGUCAUACGCCCGCCCGUCGUGUUUACGCGCCGCGGCACACAAUACGCAACCAACCGCGGCAGCCGCCACCGCCGCACCGCGUCUUCACCAUGGCUAUCGCCGGCCAGUAACUGCUCCCGGCUCCCGGCGUCAUCAGCAACGCCACCGUCCCUGGCAGUUCCGUCAAGCAGCGUUCCACUCGACGAAGCGAGCGUCGCCAACAAACAAGCAAUCGCUCGUUGGGGAGACGGAGACCCUCCCCGAGGUCGACAGAGCGGCGGCGCUUGAGAGGCUUCUCGAGGCCCACCGAGCGCAGAACCGCCUCGAGGAGGUCGAAGAGACGCUCGCCGACGAGCAGCUGAAGCGCGACACGCCGUGGGGGCUCGCCGUGUACCGCACGUGCUACGACGACGAUGCCGCGUGGCGGGCUAUGCGCGAGGCCCUCGAGGCGGGCGUGCAGGAAAGCAAGACAUGUUACGUCGACAACGGGCUCUUCGAGCGCCAUCAAUUCGUCUUCAUGGACGACAGGGCGCGCUUUGACGGCGCCACCGCCUAUGAGAUCCGAGACCACUUCGACGCGUGGGCGAGGGAGGAGCUGGCGAGGCACUGGGCCGUACAGCCCGUGACGGAGACGCAGCGCCGGGCCAUCGACAAGCUUAUAAGCUGUAAGGGAACACGCUAUAACGUGUGCAUGGUGGUGGACGACGUGAGCCUCCUGUCGCUCAGCAACAAGAAGACGAGCUUCGGGCCCCUAGUCAUGUUGGUCGACAGGGAACGACUCGGAACGCCCGUGGUCGAGGUACCGAAGAGCGAAGACGACCAGCACCCAGACUACGCGGACGGGUGGAUGUACGAUCACAACGAGGGGUACAACGGGUGGAUCUACCGCCGGACGUUCGAGUACGUCGACGAUUACAACAUAUUGAGUGACUGGAACAACUGGCAGGAGGACUGGAUGUUUGCGUAUCCGUCGUGGGUCUACGGCCAGAUGCGUCUGGAGAGGUCGCCAGCGUUUUGGAGGGACGAGAUUGCCGCAGAAAGGGCCAAAGCCGCCGCCAAGGGCCAACACUUGUAG